UUUAGCCACAUCAACACUACAAAUCUUUCUCCCGCCUUGCAAUUUAUAACACGUUUAAAAGUUACUCUUUUUUCUUCCCACACAAACGAACUGUGUGAUCUUAAUUAACAUUUACAAUAACAUUUGUAGUGAUGGAUCUGAAGGAAGUAAAGAGAUCAGAAGAAGCAGAGGAAAUGAAAUCUUGUAGUUAUUGUCAUACCACAAAAACACCUCUUUGGAGAAGUGGUCCAUCAGGUCCCAAGUCGUUGUGUAACGCAUGUGGGAUCAAGUAUAAUAAGAAGAGGAGACAGAUUUUGGGUGUCGAGAAGAAGAGGAGAAUUGUUUGUAAAGAGGAAAAGAGUAGAGAAAUUGGUAAAUUGAUGGGAUUUGGAGGAAAAUUAAGAGAAGAAGAACAAGCGGCGAUAUUAUUGAUGGCUCUUUCUUGUGGAUCUGUUGGAAAAUUACUAUUCUAACCCUCAAUUCCUACUUGCAGCAGAAACCCAUUGUAAUUUUUACUAAUUAAUUGACCCAUUUUGAUCAAGAGUUUUUUUUUCAGUUUCAGUUGUAAUUGCUAAUGUAGUAAUGUUUUGAAUUUUGAUUCAAAUUUUGGAA